AUGUUAUCCAAACUCCUUCCCCUUAUAUUAAUCGCAAGCGCUCUUGCAGCGCCGCAAACUCCUCUCCCAUAUGCCAAUGAGCCAAAUCGAUGCGAUGCCACUUGUCAAAUCGCCUACCGACAGGUGCUAGCUAUGGAGGCAGAACGAUGGGUCAACCAAGAUAUCACCACUGAUUCCUUCUAUUCAACCCCCUCAAAUGUGUCAAAGUAUUCGACUGCAGAUAUACUAAAAUGGGAAAAGAUUCCAUCUGAACAGGCUUACCGGCGAUGGACUGUCCCUGCUGGCAUAUCUUUGAUUCGUUUCUUUUACAUGUCUGAGGAUAUUAAGGGGAAACCUCUUCCAGCUACUGGCAUUGUGCUUAUUCCAUACUCCAAUCCGCAGGGGAAUAAGCCAUUCCGUACUGUUGUUUGGACGCACGGAACAGCUGGCGGAACCCGACAGUGUUCACCAUCGAACCAUCGCUACGUCGUUAUCGCCCCUGACUACGCAGGCCAGGGAAGCGAGGCCCAGGGCUUUAUGUACGAGGCUGGCAUUCUCCAUGCAGCAGAUGCCAGCUUAAGCGUCCAGGCUGUACGCAAAGCUCUAGGCAGCAAGAUUACAAAGGAGUGGGUUGUUAUGGGCCACAGCGAAGGUGGAAUGUCUUGCUGGCGCACCAAUGAGCGAGAGGCAAAGCCGGAGGCUACAGGCGGCCUAAUUGGGGCGGUUUGUGCUUCUCCUGGCCUUGUCCCAAGCAAGAUUAUCGCUGAAAUGAUCCGUCGUGCCGGAGAUGGACCUGCUGGAGACUUCCUCUCUUCCCUCAUGCUACAAUCGGUUUCAAGGAUCUACCCCUCUAUCAAAGUUGAGGACUAUGCUUCUGAUAUCCUUCUUGCCCGGAUGCCUCUGGCCGACCAAGGAUGUUUCUAUACUUCAGCUGCCCUCUACAGCAACCUAACUGUCAGUCAACUCUACAAGAACACUAGUUGGAUUCAACACCCCGAUUUCAUCAAGUGGGAGACAAUCUAUAAUGGUGCAGGGCCUCAUAAAUUGGCAGCUCCAUUGCUUGUGAUCCAAGGCGCUGAAGAUCCCUUGGUAUACCCUGACACUUCUGAGGAGGCCUUUAACGAAACGUGCAAAGAGUUUGCAAGCUCGACGACUGCUGAGUAUAGGCUAUACCCAGGCCUUGGUCACGGUGCGGUUCUCCCAGCUUCACAGCAAUACUUCCUUUCCUGGAUUGAGGAUCGAUUCAACAAGGUCUCUCUCAAAAAGGGUUGUAAGAAGCUGAGUUUGACACCCGAAACCGACAACUUUUCCCCAGUUAAUGAUGAAUGGGUUGCAGUACUUAGUUAA